AUGGCCGAUCAAUCCCAAGAGCAAAAGUUGGCGCCAACAACUGCGCCAUCCACCUCAACCAGUCAAAAACCGGCAAGGAAACCUGUUAUUAAGACUGUUAAACAAACAUCUACCAAAACAGCAGUAACACCAACAAAACAGAGGACUUUAAGGCAGAAAAAAAAAGACGUUGGGCAGCAAGACCUCCAUGCGCUUCGACAUGAAGCUCAAGGGGAUGCAUCACCUACAGAAACAGAAGCCCGUGGGGGUCCGGACCUAUAA